UCUGAGAAGUACUCCUCAGUACAUUGUAGACCUCUUAUUUCAUUUGACGAAAACGUUUCGAGUGGAUAUCGUCGCUGAAAAGGUGUUGAAUUAUUUGUUGUUAUUAUUAAAAUGUCUGUGGAGAGUCUCUUGCUGAAACAUUAUUUUUGCGAAAACGUUUGAAUAAUAUAUACACGUACUUCUCGUCGGAUAACCCGGAAUCUGUUUAACGUUAAGGACCCAGUACAAUAUUUAUCCUCUUCCGGUCAGCGAUAUUAUAACCAUACUUUUUACGCAAUACAGAGAAGCGAGAUAGAUAGUGUGUAUGUUGUGCUAUCAAAAGUUCUCACUGAUGAUAAGACUUUAAUAAAGUGAAUCUUUCGUAGAACUCUGUAAGAAAUAAUUUUUGUCGCCGUUAUCGUCGGGUUAAAGCAUAUAGCAUAGUGCCGAUAUACAUGCUGUUAAAGUAAAAAUAAAAAGAACGAACCAUUUCUUCAAUUGGAUUAAGUGCAUAUGAAUAAACUAACCGGUUACAGUGAACAAAUGAAACAGUGAAUCAUUCAAAAAAUAAUAAUUUUGAAUUAGAAAUAACAGUCAAACCAUCGAACAAACAAUUCCUACGUGGAUACUUUCCUACGACGCAUGUCAACCACACUGGCUAAUAAUCCAGUGGCAUUUGCGGAGGAUCCUGAUCAAGAGCACGGCCUCCUGCCUGAUUUGAUCAAUGGGGUGGAUUUGGUGAUGAGCCUAUCGCCCAAAGGAAAUAAUCACAAUCAUAAUCUCAGUAGUUUGCAGCAUUUACAAAGUCUACAACACAAUACAUUGCACAGUCAUUCCACGCCGUUUAGUGUAACGGAUAUUUUAAGUCCAAUUGAGGAAUCUUAUAGAAAACUGGAACUCAGUACGAAUCCACCGUCGCCUUACAGGUUUGUUUAUUUUGAAUCAAAUUCAAGCGGAAGUAGUGUAAAUUCGCCAAGUGCAUUAGGACCUAGUUCAAGUAUGGCAAAUCCCUACGGAAUGGGUACAUUAUACCACAGUCCCGGCGUACAGAGUUACUGUGGCCCAACGGACAAUCUAUCACUAGCUGGACAUUAUACGGACAUGAGAAGUUCAGCCGGAUGGUACGGAUCAACAGCAAAUGACCCCAGAUUCGCAAUAUCACGAUUAAUGAGCAGUUCAGCAGGUGGUUCAAUGGGACAUAUGAGUAAUAUGGGAAGUCUGGGUGCUUGCAGCGUCACCGACUCAAAACCGAUGCAAUUUCCUUUAGCACAAAGACGAAAAAGACGAGUGCUGUUUACACAAGCUCAGGUAUAUGAGCUGGAAAGACGGUUUAAACAACAGAAGUACCUUUCAGCGCCUGAACGAGAACAUUUAGCAAGUUUAAUACAUCUCACACCUACGCAGGUGAAAAUAUGGUUUCAAAAUCAUAGGUACAAAUGCAAGCGACAGGCGAAAGAGAAAGCCAUGGCUGAACAGAAUCAACACAAUCAGUCAGCCAGUUCACCACGACGUGUUGCUGUACCAGUAUUAGUGAAAGACGGUAAACCAUGCUCAGGCAGCUCGAACACAAAUCCACAACAACAACAGCAACAGCAACAAGUUUCGGGUAACACAAGCGUUCCAAAUGGCAACACCGUUGUGACCGGCGAUUCAGGAAAUAAUCAUUCGCCGGACACAUCAUCAGCCUUGCUAUCCAGCUAUAAUGGUGGUCAACAUGCACAGAUGUUACAACAGCCGUGCAAUACGCCAUUAAUGUCGAAUAGCCUGGCAAUGGCUUAUCGGAAUCAAAACAACUUUAUGAGCAAUAGUCAUCAGCAACAGUGCGGUAGUUAUAUACCGUUACAAGGAAGAGCAUGCGCUUGGUAAUUUUAUUUCGACAAAAAAAGAAGAAAUUGAGAAAAAUUAAAAAUUUCUUUCAAAUUUUGAUGCUUUUAUCGACAAGCUGUUUUCCUUUUACACUUCACUACAGAUUUUUUUGCUUGUAAGAUUUCAUUUUUACCGGUCGCUUUUACAAAAUUUAAAUUUAGUUUCCACUGCAUCGAAUAAGUGGAUUCAAUUAAAGAAUAACCGGACCACAGAAAAACUCAAAACGUUGAAAACUUUACCCAUAAAAUGCGAUAUUUUCUCCGAAGUGGAUCUCACAAUGAUAUCAAUGUAGCGUCACUACACACGCAGUUAGUUUAAGAAUGUUGCUACAAAGAAAAUCAAGCGGCCAGACCAAUAGAUUGUAACUCUCAUUCAACACAUUAGAAACGCGCACGUUCACGCGAUAGUACGAGCCACUUAUCUAAUUCAUUGAACGCUAUUUCGCAUAAGGCAAACGGUACAAAACAACGGAGAUUAAUAUUCCUUGCAAAUUUCCCUACCCUUCUAGUUUAACAAGAAUGUCCGGAAAUUAUUUAAUUGGAUCUCUGACAAAAAAUGUGCCAGAAAUGUUUAAAAAACUUGAUAACCGUAGAACAACCAAUAGAAAACAAAAAAACAAAAAACAAAAAAGCUUUCUAUAACCCGAACAGUAAACUCAAUGGAGACUGAGAAGUUCGUCAAAAAAUCAGUUCUCAAAUCUAACUGUUCUUGACAUAGCCGAAAGAUAACGGCUGAAAGGAAAUAGUCUUAUCUGCAGUAGUGUAGUAGUUGCAAAUAACAGAACAAAUUUUGACCAUUCUUCCCCCCAAAACGAUAAGCUACGGUUUUUUCUCGAUCUCUUCAUUUCUUCAAGUCUGAAUGUCUCCAUUUUAUCCUUCAUCUGUUUUACGAUUAUCUCUCAUAUAUGUUGGAAUUAUUUCUGUACUUACCGUUGUGAGAGACUACCAAGAUUAAGCCGGAUUACCUCUCUCGUUUAAUUUCAUAUUUGAGAUUAAAUCUUCAACUUCAGUGGUUUACAUACAUACAUCUCGUUGUUUAAGACUACAUUACAGAACACUCCGAUUAUUAUUGUCGUUGAUUGUCUCGAACAGAUGAUUAGCCGAUUUAAUUUCUGAUGCACAAUAUGGAUUUGUUUCACUCUUUAGGGUCAUACGCCACGCUAAAACUAAAAUCCUAAUACAGUCGACCUAAGGGAGAAAUUGCUAAGCAUUUUGUUAAUGAAAGAACUUCCAUCAAUUUCAUUAAAGUCCAGUUUAGCGUCGUUAGAAUAUUACUAGCUUACACAUUAUCAUUGCUAUUUAAAAGGUGGUGUUUCGAACAAUAUAUUUUUAUAAACAAAACGAGAGAAUUGAUAAGAACCGAUAAUUUCAAUCACAUUAAUAACAGCGACUGCGACACGAAUGUAAAAAUAUUAUUAUUCUAUUACUAGAAUGUCACCGUCACGGGGCGUAUUUUUUGGGAAUUUUACCUCUGAAAACUACGAAUAAUUCUGAUAAAUCCUGAAAAUAUUUCGAAAACACAUCGUGGGCAACAUCACUAAUGGGCGUAUCGAUAUCUCAGUAAUUACAGAACCGAUUUUGAUAAACUUUUUUCUUCGACAUUAAAUCAAUUAAAUCGACAGUAUGGUUCGGAAGAUAUUGUCGAAAAACUGAAAAAAUCACAUUUUUCAAAUGUCUUUUGUUAUUAUAUUUAUAACCGAUUGAUAUCUCCCUAAAAGGUAUGAAUUUUAGCUCGACAUAUGGUUCGGAAACUUUUUUUUUUGUUUUAUUUUUAUUCACACGUCAGAAAAUAAUUAACAAUUCAUUUUCAUUGGUUGAAAUGUUGAAAAUUGAAAAUAUGAUUCAUUGCGGUCAUUAUCACCGUCGAAAAACUGAAAAGCCUCUAGAGAAUACGAUAAAAAAUGCUAAUUUUACUGAAAUUUAUGUCGGGCUCAAAGUUUCUGAUAUAUCGCAGAGAUACACCACCUAGUGAUGUUGUCCACGAUAUGUUUUCGGAAGAUUUUCGGAUUUAUCAGAAUUAUUCAGAAUUUUCAGAAAUCGAACUUUCAAAAUAAUCCCUGGAAUGUAUCAAAUAGAAAUUUCAUAGGGUGAAAAUUAUUUACUAAGACAUAGAAAUUCAAGCUAGUAAUAGCUCAACUCCCGUAAGCGUUUAUCGGUGGUGAUAAAUUUAGCUCGUUGAUUUGACUGCAAAGAACUAGCUUCGAGGCUAUAAAAAUUUGUUGUGGCGGGAAUACAGCUAUCUUCUUGUGUUAUUUUAAUUUUGUUUUGGAAUGCAGGUCGAUUGUAAGGUUAUAUUGCUCGAAACAUCGCGUUUCAAAUGAUAAACGUCCAAUACAAUAUUGAAAGCAUUUCCAAUGAAGGUUGAAAGUAAAAGAGAAAUGAAAAUAAUUUUUCUUUGAUAAGAUAAGUAAGGUUAGUAGAAGUAACACAUAUUUUUUUGGAAAAAGCCAACUCAUAAUUCAGUGAAUUGAAGUGUAAAAUAAUGAAGAAU